AUGAAGGAGACGCUGCGGCAGCUGUACGCCUUCAGCGUGCCGUCGCUGCUGCUGCUGUGCGCCGCGUCGCUGGCGGUAAACGCGCGCGUGCUGCUAUCCGCCUACUGGAUCCGGCGGCCGCUGUCGCCCACGCUGCACAUCUCGCUGAGCCUGGCGGCCGCGGACGGCUUCGCGUCGGCCGUGCUGGCCGCCGGGCUCACCGUCAACAGCCUGCUGGCGCGCUGGCAGCACGACCAGUGCGUGCUGCUGCUGCUCGAGGCGCUGCGCCUCGCCGGCGUCAUCAUCACCGUGGCGCACCUGCUGGCGCUGGCCGCCAACCACUACCUGGGCAUCCUGCGCCCGCUCCACUACCUCACCAUCAUGACUCACCGCAACACGGCCGCCUGCAUCGCCGCCCUUUGGCUGCUGCCUACCUUCUUCUUCUUCGCCUACUUUUCGUUCGUGCCUGACCAGGGCUUCCAGAGCCCCGAGUGCCACUACACGUUCCUGCGGCAGUACAAGUUCCGCGCGGUCUUCUCGUCGCUGUUCUUCGGGCCGCUGCUACUCAUGCUGCUCAUCUACUCGCACAUCUUCGUGAUCGUGCAGCGCCACCAGGCGAGCCGGCUGCGCUUCAGCCGCAUGAAGUACGUCCAGGAGUGGAACUGCCCGCAGAAGAAGCGCAGCCGGCAGAUGGCGCGCAACGUCAAGGCAGUCUACACCACGCUGCUCAUCCUGGGUUCCUACCUGGUCGCGCUCAUGCCGGCCGUCCUCAUCUUCGUGCUCUACUGCGACGACUGCCUCUACCCUCUGCCCACGCGCACGAACGAGAGGAUCAACAUGUUCUUCAUCUUCACUACCGUCAACUUCCUCGUAAUCCUCAAGACACUCAUCAAUCCCAUCAUAUACGCUGCGCGUAUGCACGAAAUAAAGGCAGCGACGAAGCGGAUGAACGCGACGGUGCGGGGCGUGUGCUGCCAGCGAGCGGCCGGCCGGCGAGAGGCGGAGUCGGAGGCGGGCGGCGGCGCCGGCAGCUCCAGCGAGGCGACGCAGCUGCGCCAGCUGUCGGGCAGCGCGGGGCCCUCCUCCUUCCGCAUGCGCUCCCUGCGCUCGCCCAGCCGCAACGGCAGCCUACGCGCCAGCGCGCGCAGGACCAGCGGCCUGCGCCACGAGCAGAUCGGCGUCGCGCUGUAGAGCUGCCGUCUCUCACAGAUUCGUCGUCGACAUCGCCACUGGACGCGUCUGCUUAUAAACUUUGGCUGUGACCACAACAGCUUCGCAACUGAACAAUGUGUGCUUUAUCGUGUGUCCGAGCUAAAACGUCUGCAGGCCGUUCUGCAGAGAAGAUCCCUGUCAGUUAACUCUACUACUUCGCUGCUACUGCUCCUCGGAGAUGAUUACCGUAACUAGGCAAAGCAAUAGACCAAUUAAUGUCCCCGGAACUGCUCAGUAGUCAACGAUUCGCUCUUCAAUUUCUGUGACUCGACCGCUGAACGGGCAGCUAGUGAGAGUCGAUGU